UUGUUUUGUCAGAAGAAUCACACACUUGAGUCCUGUGGUAAAUUUGUGGAGUGCUCUUCCAAAGAAAGAAUUGACUUUAAAGUCAAAUGGCUUAUGCUUCGGCUGUCUGACAUUGGGUCAUCUUAGUAAGAACUGUAGAAAAAGAAUGAUAUGCCAACAGUGUUGACAGAGACACCCAAGUAUACUUCACAUUGAUAAGAACGGUGAUCAAGUACACAAGCAAAAGAAAGAAGACAGCACAGAGGAAAAAAAAUGUAUCCUCUGCUCUGGUCUCACUUGAAAAGGAAUCAUGUGGUUGUACUGGGGCCGGAGAAGAUUUCAACACGCUGAGAGAAGAAGUGUACAGGACAGCAAUAUCACAGCAGAGGAGAGGAGCACAAAAAAAGAGAAAGGAAAGCCACAUCUCAUUCCCUGAUAUACCAUUUCUUCACAAUGGCCGUUUCGAUGGCAAAGAUGAUGGUGCCUAUGAUGGUCGUGGUGUUUUUGACUCCAUGUCUUGGGAUGAGCAAUGAAGUGGAUUAUGGGAAUUGGAACUACAGAGAGGGAGCAGAGAAUGUGAACGUGGCUAACAUACGCAGCGUGACUCGAGUGUUGGACGCCUGGGGCAAACGCAUAUUCAAAGAUAUCAAGACUCUCUUACACUCACAACCCAAUGCCCUUCUGCCAGACUACUCCAGGGUUCGUCCUCUCUCAGAGUCCCUAAAUGAUCUUUUCAGAGAAGUCUCCCACUUACAGAGGCGCAUCACAGAUCUUAACAAUCGCCUAGCAACACUGGAACCCUUCCUCCGUCAUCAUGGUUACCGUGAGGAGGGGGAGGAAGGAGGGGAUGGCAAGGAACUGGCUCCUCAGAGUGUGGGACCGAGUCAAGCGAAGUAUCCACGGCACUACGUGGUUCGAGUGGUCCGUCCUGUGAACAGGGUGGUGAGAACCAGACGAGUCAAAGUGUUCAAAAAUGAAAAUGAAAGGGUUAAAGCGAGCGAGAUUGAGAGGUAGAGGGAUAGACGAAAGAUUUGCAAAUAUUAUAAUCAAAUGCAUUAAUGUUAUUCAGGAAAUAUAAUUUAAAUUGGGGAUAAAGUAUACAAUAAUUCACAUAUUAGAAAUGUUAGUAUACUACAAGCGUGCAUUCAUUUUCUUUUGUCUGUACUCCUUCAUGUUUGGGUCUCAAAGGUGCGAUUAUAGUUCCCUGGCAGAAAAGUGAAGGCUGGGAAUGUUGAUUGUGGAAAACUUUCCCAGCAGGAUAAUACCAAAUGAAAAAAAGAAAGAAAGAAAAAACUUGAGAGUAAAAACAGACACUCCAGCUCUUUCCAAACAAACAAAGAUGAAGCCAUAUACAAUCAGUUAUUAUUUUCUGUGGAGAAUCUUCAUUUAGGUAUUGGUAUCCAGAGACAUGUGUGUGACAGGAAUGAAAUAAUGAAAUAAAUUUGAAUAC